AUGAUACUCAUGCCGAUGGCAUCAGUGGUGGCGGUGGCAGAACCCAAAUGGGUCUCGAUCUGGGGCCGUUUCCUGUGGAUGACCCUGCUGAGCAUGGCUCUGGGGUCACUGCUGGCCCUGCUGCUGCCACUAGGAGCUGUGGAAGAGCAGUGUCUGGCUGUACUCAGAGGCUUCCACCUGCUCAGGAGCAAACUGGACAGGACACAGCAUGUGGUCACCAAGUGCACCAGCCCAUCCACGGAGCUCAGUGUCACCUCCAGGGACACAGGGCUGCUGACGGCCAGGACUAAGGCGUCUCCAGCAGGGAAGCUGGAAGCCAAGGCCGCACUAAACCAAGCCCUGGAGAUGAAGCGCCAAGGCAAGAGAGAGAAAGCCCACAAGUUCUUCCUGCACGCCCUCAAGAUGGACCCUGGCUUCGUAGACGCUCUCAAUGAGUUUGGCAUCUUCUCCGAAGAGGACAAGGACAUCGUCCAGGCGGAUUACCUAUUCACCAGGGCCCUAACCAUUUCCCCCUUCCACGAGAAAGCGCUGGUCAACCGGGAUCGGACGCUGCCCCUUGUGGAGGAGAUCGACCAGAGGUACUUCAGCGUCAUCGACAGCAAGGUGAAGGUCAUGUCCAUCCCUAAGGGCAGUUCAGCGCUUCGCAGGGUCAUGGAGGAGACCUACUACCAUCACAUCUACCACACGGUGGCCAUCGAGGGCAACACCCUCACCCUGUCGGAGAUCAGGCACAUCCUGGAGACCCGCUACGCAGUGCCAGGGAAGAGCCUGGAGGAACAAAACGAGGUGAUCGGCAUGCACGCGGCCAUGAAGUACAUCAACACCACCCUGGUGUCCAGCAUCGGGUCUGUCACCAUCGAUGACAUGCUGGAGAUCCACAGGAGGGUACUGGGGUAUGUGGACCCAGUGGAGGCGGGCAGGUUUCGGAGGACCCAGGUCCUGGUGGGACACCACAUCCCACCCCACCCCCGCGAUGUGGAGAAGCAGAUGCAGGAGUUUACACAGUGGCUUAACUCAGAGGACGCCAUGAACCUGCACCCGGUUGAGUUUGCGGCCUUAGCCCAUUACAAACUGGUGUACAUCCACCCUUUCAUCGACGGCAACGGGAGGACCUCCCGCCUGCUGAUGAACCUGAUCCUGAUGCAGGCAGGAUACCCACCCAUCACCAUCCGCAAGGAGCAGAGGUCCGAGUACUACCACGUGCUGGAAGUCGCCAACGAGGGUGACGUGCGGCCUUUCAUCCGCUUCGUCGCCAAGUGUACGGAAGUCACACUGGACACAUUGCUUCUCGCCACCACGGAGUACUCUGUGGCGCUGCCCGAAGCCCAGCCCAACCAUUCUGGGUUCAAGGAGACACUUCCUGUAAGGCCCUGA